AUGACUCUUUACUCUACAUCCAACAAGUUCAUCGAGGACGUUGAUCCUCUUAAGCAAGCCGGUCAACUUCCCUCUUACUCUAUCCAGCCUAAUAGCACAGAGUAUCAACAACCCCAACCCCAACCUCAAGAUCGCGAUGUGUCUGCUACCGCUAAGCCCACAGCUGGCGAGAGGUUCCACAAGAUCAGCGCCAAGGCUGGUUCGCCAUUGAACAAGGCCGCCAAUUUGUUUGGUGCCGAGGGAUGGUGGCCUUCUACCAUGGACAAGGAAUGCAGCAAGGCUGCCCGUAUCCUUCACUCCUUCACGAACCUCAACUCCUCUACAUCGCCCACUGAAAAAGGACCCCUCCACCCAACCGGUCUUACACGCAAGUCAAUGGUCAAAAUUCCACCUUCAGUCCUCCAAAGCGCUGCCGGCCUCGCCAUAUUCAACGUCAUUCGUGCUGGUGCAGGUCAUAACUCUCUCUCAGGGGGCUCCGGCGUAGUCAUCGCCCGUCGCUCAGACGGUACAUGGUCUCCUCCCUCCUCCUUCAUCGUAAGCAGUCUCGGAGCUGGCUUCGUCUUUGGACUCGAUGUUUAUGACUGCGUCUGUGUACUCAACACCCCAGAGCAAGUCGCUGCCUUCACAAAACCUCGGUUGUCAUUCGGCGCCGAGGGCUCAGUUGCUUUGGGACCUAUCGGAACAGGUGGUAGUGUUGAGGCUGCGCUCAGCAAGACUGCUCGACCUAUAUGGAGUUACAUGAAGAGCCGCGGUUUGUGGAUGGGUGUUCAAAUCGACGGUACUAUCGUUGUGACGCGAGGAGAUGCCAAUGCUACUUUCUAUAAUGAGCGUGGUAUAACGGCAGAGAAGAUUUUAUGCGGCGAUGUUGCUUGGCCUAUGGCAGGCAAACCACUGUUUGAGGUUCUUCAGGCUCUCCAAGGCCGAACUGACUAUAACCAAACUGUUGUGCAAGCAGUUGGGCAGAUCCCUCCUCCUGGGGAUGGCAUCUUAUCUGAGAAGCAGGAGAGAUACACCGAUGAACCUCAGGCGCAAGAGACUCGAGAGCAAACACAGCCUGUGGUCACUCCUCGUGAUGUGAAGGAGGAUCUUCCUGACUAUGAAGUUGUGAAGAAGGACGACGAGGAGAAGAUUGUGGACGAGGAGAAGGCCAGGCUUGCUGCGUCAGGAUACUAG